CUUUCUUUCUUCCCCCUCUUUAGAGUUGAUCUCUCCAAUGUCUUGGACCUGCAUGCAUUUGACAGUUUAUCUGGAAUAAGUUUGCAGAAAAAGCUUGACCAUAUAAAGACAACACAUGCACAUCUAGAUAAGGGUAUAAUUACAGUAACGUUUGAAGUUCCAGGAAAUAUAAAAGAAGAAAACUUAAAUCUCUUUAUUCAGAAUCUUCUGUGGGAGAAGAAUGUGAAAGAUAAGACUGGACGCACCAUGGACGUUAUAAGACUGAAGGGACUGGUAUCUGUUCAAGGCAAGUCUCAUCAGGUGAUAGUCCAAGGUGUCCAUGAGCUCUAUGAUCUAGAAGAGACUGCAGUAGCCUGGAAAGAAGACGAAAAGAGAACAAAUAGACUGGUCCUAAUAGGCAGGAACUUGGAUAAGGAGACCAUCAAAGAAGUAUUCAUAACCACUGUGAGAGAGCAACAAGGAAACAGUUGA